GUACCGUUUGUCGGACUACGUUGAACGCCAGUCCGGCUACAGCAACGUCAGGUGUAUGAACUCUGGCGUUACUUUAUAAUUGUGAAAACGUAUAUUUUUGUUAGUUAAAAUUAGUUGUUCAGCAAAUAUCACCAUAAAUUUAUUAAUAUUGAGAUUUAAAAAUGAAACUGCCGAAAGUGUGUCUAUUAUUCAUUUUACUAAGCUUUGCUGCUGCUGAAAAAGAGGAUGAAGUGGAUAUAUCAAGUGCAUUCAUGGAAGUUGCCAGCUCAUUCUUUUCGGAAGAGUCACCAGGGACUAGUAAAUUCAUGGAUUCGAAUGCUGAAAAGAAAAGUUCCGGUGCAGCUGGACUCGGUCAAAUUUUAAAUGGAAUUGGGCAAAUUCUAUCAAGUUCUUCAGGAGGUGGAGGUGGUCAAGAAAGUAAAAAUCAAGGUAUGGAUCUAUCAAUGUUAGGUCCUUUACUGCAAAUGGUUACACCUCCUCCAUCACGAAAUAGUCAACAAGAAAGAAGUGCCAAUGAUGUAGAAUCCAAUUCACCAGGAAUUGACUUUGAAAGUGUGAUAAAUGUGGCCAGUAUGUUCAUGGGAGCCAAUAGUAAUAAUAAUUUCGAGGGAAUUAUGGGAUUCUUGCCAAUGAUCUUUGAAAACUUUAAUAGUGGAACGGGUGGAAAUAAAAAGCAUGAUCAUUCAGAUCAUUCUUGGUACAUGCCACCUGUUUUAGAAAAUCUUCACGUUGUAUCGGAGCAUUUUAGAAAUUCUGAACUGGGUCAAGCUCUCUGGAAGAACAGUGGCUUAGCCCACAUUGUUGGUUCGAUGAUCGAUGGAGAUGGAAGGAUAAAAUACGAACAACUCCUAGAAAGUUUUGAGAACCCAUCAAUCCGAAGAAGAUGGAUAAAAUCUUUGACUAAUUUUGUCGCAGAAUGGUUUUCGCAUGUUUCUGAUCCCAACGUUCAAACACGUUAUUUAACAACAGUUCAACUUAUUGGUAAUGGUUUCCUCAAGUCUCAAGGAUUUCCAAAAACUGCUCUAUUCGAUCCAUUGAAACCAACUGAAAGUCUUACACGUCUGGUAAAUGCAGGAGCUAAAAGAUACCUCAAUAUGAAUUUAGAUAGUGCGAAAUAUAUUAGACCUGCUGUUGCAUAUGCUCAAGAUUUAAUUAAAUUAGCUUCUGAGAAAGGAUUUAUUAUGUCCAGGGUGAAUGCAAACGAGCUUAGUAAUCGACUCAGUCAUACCAUAAACAACGAUAUCAUAUCACCUAUCUUGAAAACAUACCGUGCUUAUAAAUGGGCAGUAAAGUCUCCAAUGUGUGCAGCCCACAUUCUGUGUGUAAUUAAUUCGAAAGAUUCAAUUGAUCAUAACGAUAGUAUUCUUCGGAGUAGCUUAACAAAAAUCAGUAGUUUUCCAGCCGCCUGGGCAAUCAGUAGCAAGACAAAUAUUAGCUUUUGGAAUCUUUAUGGUGCUAUAAGAGAGAAUGAUGAAUGUUUUAGUAAAUAUCCUGUCAAUUGUAAUGAUUUCCAUGAAGAAGAGAUCCGUGUAACCACAGAAGCUAUUCAUAAUGAGCUGUAAACUGCUGUAUCAUCAAUGGGAUAAGAUAUUUGUAAGAGUAAUUACUAAUUCUGAUAGCAAUUUAUGCUGACGAAUGAAACAUGACAAGAUUUUAUCAUGUUUAACACUUGAUGAAUACAAACAAUAUUUUGUCAAAAAUGUUUAAAUAUAUAAAGUGUUGAUUUGACUGAAACGUAAAUAAGUAGUAAUUCAGUAUGAAUAUUUAUUGAAUGAUUUACAGUAGUACGAUUUAAAUUUAUUAUUUUAUUUUAUCUCAUUGAACAACGUACACUAUUGGCAGACUGUAUUCACAAUACUAAAAAAAUAAGUGCAAUCUGUUAUUCUAAAUGAUAUUAUAUUUUCAUCAGAAUGGAUUUGAUUAUUUAGAAUUCGUGCACUUAUUUUGUAAUGCUGGUGCAAUAGUGAUAAGAAAUCUCUCUUAAUGAUCUAAGAGGACUUCCUAUCGUAUUACCCAUAUUAUAUGUACACUUUAUUGAUCUUUGUAAAUAUUAGGUAGACAUCAAAUACAGUGUCAAAUGUACAAAAUUCUAUCAAUGUUACAUUCCGAUUCGAUUAAAUUUUAGGAUUUAAUUUAUUUAAUA